AUGGGCCUCGAACUGGCGACCUGCGGAGCCGUAUUCGCUUCGGGAGUUACCCUGCUACUGUCACUCGCGGCUAUUUAUUCUAUGCAAUCCGAAAUUUCCUCAUUGUGGUCAGAAUUGGAUGCAGAAAUAGAUAAGUUCAAGUAUCUUACAAAUGAUUCUUGGAAAGCCAUGCUCACACUUGGUGUGGGCACUCCAUCGAACAGAGUUCGGCGUCAGUAUGGUGGCUACGCGGCCACUGGAGUCAACACGCAAAGUAGUGAAGAGGAAGUGGCUAUUCCGCCACGCUUUAUAAAGUCACCCGAAUCGAAACAAGAUUUUAUGGUAUCGACAAUGUGCCAAUGCUUCGGCUACAACAGUUGUCCUCCAGGACCACCGGGACCGCCAGGAGAGCCGGGACCUGACGGUCACGACGGAAUUCCCGGUGUGGAUGGCUUCGACGGCAUUGACAACGUGGACAUGAUGAGACAUAGCGACCUUAUCGGAUGUAUAAACUGCCCACAA